UGUGCUGGUCUCCCCGCAGGUACCAGGAUUAUUUACGAUCGUAAGUUUUUGAUGGAGUGCCGCAAUUCUCCGGUUGCCAAAACACCACCUUCUGACCUUCCGGACAUUCCAGGUGUCACGAGCCCAAAUGUGGAGGAGCUGAAGAUUGAGAACAACCAUGUCCAAAACUGUGAUGAGAAAGCGAGCGCAGGUGAGGAAGAGCAGUUUGACAUGGACAUCUAGAGCACGUGCCCCGAGAGUGCUUAUCCAGCCAAGAACCAGGACCUUGUCUUGAGGAUUCCCACCAGCCAGGCUUACACGUAGCCCAUGCCUUGAGUGCCUUCCUGCCUCCUGGGAAAGGCUGUCUCUCCCUGCCAGCACAGCGCGUCCCGGGGCAGGGACUGAGCCUCAGCCUCUCCGUGCGGGUGCGACUGCGCCGCCGCCCCCCCCGCUGCCGAUGGGCCUUGGAGUGCCGGAGGAGACACUCUCAGUGAUUGUUUUUGUUUCCAGUUUUAUGCUUUUGUUAAUCAUUUUAAUACUGUAAAAGUUACAGAAAUGCAAUACAAGGGAGAAAUAAAAAUCAGUUCGAGUCUCCUGGUA